GCCAGUCUGCCAUAAGCUUGGGGGUCCCCGGCCGGAAGUCCACAAUAAAACCGAAGGACUUUUAUUUUGGAAUUUCGCUCUGACACUGACGCUUCCUAUGCGCGAGGAGGCGGGCGCAAAUUUUCCCGGGAUUUUGGGGCCUAGUCAGUAAGUAAGCAACCAAGCAAACAACUGACUGUCAUAUGCUGCUGUAGAAGCUGAGAGAGAGAGAGGAGCAUCAUUGACCGACACAGCGAGGCCGGCCGCAGAAUGCCGCCUGUGUCUGAAGUGGACACGGGUCCGGUCGAGGAAAGCUCCGGGGGUCUUGAGCGCUCGGACUGCCUCUGUCCGAUCUGUCUGGACAUAUUCCUGGAGCCGGUUACUCUGCCCUGCACGCACACGUUCUGCAAACCAUGCUUUCUGGAAACCGUGGACAAGUCCAACAUGUGCUGUCCGCUUUGCCGAAAGCGUGUGUCCACUUGGGCACGACUCAACGGCCGGAACAAGACCUUGGUCAACAUUGAGCUGUGGAGACGCAUACAGGACGCUUUCCCCGCUCAGUGCGAGCGGAGAGUGCAGGGAAUCGAUGAUUGCGAUGAUUCUGUGCUGAUUUCAAGACCUCGAGUAUGUCAGCCAGGAGAGCUGAGGAAAGAGUACGAGGACCAGAUCAGCAAGGUGAGAGAUUCACGAUGGUCUCGACUCUCUCUGUUAAGAUGUGGUGGAUUUUUAGCCAGCAGUCUCUGAAAUGGCAGCUCGUGGAGGAGAAGCGAGCUCUGGAGGAAGCCGAGCGGAGAGCCAGUGAGGAGUACAUCCAGCGCCUCCUGGCCGAGGAGGAGGAGCGAAUGGCGGAGGAGAGGAGGAGACAUGAAGAGCAACAGCUGGAGAACGAUGAGAAACUGGCCAGACUGCUCAGCCAAGAGCUGAAUUCAGGACCAAUCUCUGAAUCACCGUGGAUCGUCAAACCUAUUGAUGCUACGCCUGCCAAGAAAGCAAAACCAAAGGGGGACAUUGAAAAGUUUUUGCGUCCAGUGCCUCAUAAACCGCCGAGCAGUUCUGACAGCAGCCCAGACUCCUCUCUUAUGGCUAAUAAGGAGAACAUUCUGAGCCCUCCAAAACCCCUCACAGCACCCUCAGUGCAGGACACGGUUAAACAAGCUGUGCCUUUGCCGGACUAUAACGGGAAACCCUCCACCUCCAGCUUCAAUCCCAGCUGCCCAGAACACACUUCCGUCUUAAACAGUCCUAACAGCAGCUCUUCCAAAAGGAAGAGCUCAGACGUGCAGCUUCCCAGUGAAGCGGAUCUACACACCAAGAGGCCGUGUCCUUCUCCGCGCUGUGAAUCUCCCUUCUCAGCCGACAGCCCUUUUCUGUCCGAGUUGGCGUUGCACGAGGAGACCUUACGGAGUCGCUGGCACCAGGAAGAGGAGGACCGGAGAUUGGCGAUGCAACUUCAGAGAGACCUGAACCGUCAGAUCGCCGUGGACCGCAGGAAGGGUUCAGCCGACGGCUAUCAGCUCCGGCAAAAAAGCACUACAGCUUCCACAAGUACAAACCCAGACGAGGAGAGUACGUCAAAGAACAUUAGUGCGCCGCGGUCGACCGCGAGGAACAGGGACGAGGGGAAAACUGAAAAGAGACUGUCUGGAACAGUGGGAGCGACCCCUGGGAAGAGCCCCGCGUCUUCUCCUUCAACAGCGGUCCCGGCUAGCUUGAAGAAGGGGGCGAAGCAGACCACCCUUACGGAGAUGUUCCCCAACAUGAGCAGCUGAACGAGCCUCCGAGUUCUCAAACGCCCCACAGACUCGAAGCGGAUGUUAGCAGGUGCCGCGCUGCUACUAGAGGGCGUCGCGCACCUUGUUCGGUUUCCGCUCAUAUCUUAAGUCGCUAAUACUCCCUUAGUGCCUUUCCAGAGAGGUUCAUACUGUAAAGUCAUGACGGUUUCGUUUUAUAAGCGUUUAUAAUGUCACGACUAGCUUAGAGAUUGAAAACGUGCGAGUGCUGCAGAAGAAACUCCUUUUGUAAGCGUUUGCGGACAUUUUCGAUUUGAUUAAAAUAAAGAAAAGAUUAAUGAA